UUCCUAGCCGGUUCCACUUCUGUGUAGAGUCGUCGAAAAUGGCAGACCAGCAGGAGUCUCUCCGGGAGUUCGUGACGGUGACUGGAGUGGAUGAAGAACGGGCUCGCUUUUUCUUAGAGUCUGCUGGUUGGGACCUACAGCUUGCUUUGGCCAGUUUCUAUGAAGAUGGUGGUGAUGAUGAUGACAUAGAAACCCUUCCACCACCAGCCUCUGACCCAAGACCUGCAGUUCCCAGCGACCACAGAAUAACUUCGUUCAGAGAUUUGAUGCAUGAAGUAGAGGAAGAUGAGGAUGAAGAGGAAGGUCAAAGGUUCUAUGCAGGUGGCUCAGAGAGGAGUGGUCAGCAGAUAGUAGGUCCCCCAAGGAAGAAGAAUGCAAAUGAGCUUGUGGAUGACCUGUUUAAAGGAGCAAAGGAACACGGUGCAGUGGUUGUGGAUCGAGCAGGAAAAGCACCUGGAGAAACCAGCAGACAGCCAUUCGCUGGUGGAGGAUACCGUCUUGGUGCAACUACAGAGGAGCAGUCUGCGUACGUGUCUGGUGCAAGAGGGUCUGAUGCCGCCCAGGAUGUUCAUGUUGUAUUGAAGCUGUGGAAGCAUGGAUUCAGUUUGGAUGAUGGAGAACAAAGAAGCUAUGCAGAUCCAGCCAAUGCUCAGUUCCUGGAGUCCAUUCGCAGAGGUGAAAUCCCUCAGGAGUUGCGUAGGCUGGCACGUGGUGGACAGGUGAACCUAGAUAUGGAGGAUCACCGAGAUGAGGAUUACAUGAAACCAAAGCCUGUGUUUAAAGCCUUUGCAGGAGAAGGGCAGAAACUUGGCAGCACAGCCCCUCAUGUUGUUUCCUCUGGUUCACCAGCUCAGCAGGCAGAAAAUGAAGCUCGAGCCAGCUCUUCUGUUUCAGUUGAUAGUUCGCUGCCUGUCACUAGCAUUCAAAUACGACUGGCUGAUGGAGGACGCCUAGUCCAAAAAUUCAACCACACACACAGGAUUCGUGACAUACGGCAGUUCAUUGUUGACGCACGCCCGGCAAUGGGUGCUACUGAAUUUGUGCUGAUGACUACUUUUCCGAACAAAGAGCUGAUAGAUGAGGACCAAACUCUAAAGGAUGCUAACCUUCUUAAUGCUGUUAUAGUGCAGCGAUUAAAGUAGAAGUCUGCUUCAACCAUUGCUGUGGCAGGUUAUGCCUAUAAACAUGGAAAAAGUGCACGCCUGCUGCGGUUUGGAUUCCUAGAACUGUGCUGGACAUUUUUGCCGACUUUAGUUGACAUUUUUGCAGGCUGUGGUGGACUGUGGACUUAAAUAAAGCUUUUAAAAAGGAAA